GUUUUUUAUUCAAAUUUGUUAACUGAUUUUUAACAAGACUCAUUGUUUUCACAAACCAAGGUUUUUCCGAUUGGCUCAUCAGUAACAGGGGCUGAUUUCACCAAUAUCUUUACCACAUGGUGCAAUAAUAUUACUACAGUUGUCUUUAAUUCAAUCACAUGCAUGCAUUUUUCAAUGUUUUUGUUUUUGUUUUACCUUCAGUAGAAAUUAAAGACUGUUAGAAAGCCUUUUCCAGGAAGAUGGCCUCCAUGUCAGGUUUCCAGUAUACACCAGAGAACUUGCAAAGGCUGGAAAAGGCCUUGCAGACUAUGCAGGAAAGAGGCAUGGAGUCAGAUCCUCGAUAUGCACAGUUGUUGUCAUUAAUGAGAGCAAAACCUCCAAGUGCCGACAUGUCAGAUGUCAGUCAUGGUCUUCCACUUCCUCCUCCUUCCAUGUCCAUGGGCAUGGGAAGUAUGCCGCCAGGUACAGGAAUGGGAGACAUGCAGACAAGAAGUUCUCCUGCUCCAAGUAUGAUGUCGCCUGGCCCACCAAAGGUGCAUGGAUUUUCUUCCCCGCAGUUGCUACAACUCAGGGCACAGAUCAUGGCUUACAAGCUCUUGGCACGUAAUCAGCCUCUCCCAGAGCAUGUACGCAUAGCCAUUCAAGGAAAGGCCCCAUCUGUCAAACCUAGUGGAGCACCUUCACAGUCAAACCAGUUGCCCUCUAGAAGCCAGAAUCAGCCUGGAAACCAGACAGCUCCUCAGAGUCAGGCUCCCAUCAGUGCUGGUAGUUCAGCAGCUAGUCCUGCUGUACCUGUCCCUAAUCAGACUGCUUAUAAUGUCCCUGGAAUGACUCCUGCCCAGCAGUUGCAGAACAAACAGACAGCUGGAUCCAGCCAGUCAUCAACUGCGGCAUCCUGGGAGGCAGCUAAAGGUGCAGCUGCCAGUGCUAUUGCAGCAGCCUCUCAGCAGCAAAAGCUAAAGGAGCAGCAGAGGCAAGCGCUGGCCCAGCAACAGCAGCAGCAGCAGCAACAGCAGCAACAGCAACGCAAGGUACAGCCACCAGGUACUACUCAAGGAGGAAUACAGAUGCCUAGUAAACCACGGCUGGCACCUGUCGCCAAACCUGUUGGACUGGAUCCUGUUACUAUUCUGAAAGAAAGAGAAAACAGAAUCCAGGCACGUAUUAUUCAGCGCAUCAGAGAACUGGAGGGACUGCCAGGGAGUAUUCCUGAUGACUUGAGAAUGAAGGCCAUGAUUGAAUUAAGAGCUCUCAGACUACUAAACUUCCAGAAACAGCUACGGGCUGAGGUGGUAGCUUGUACAAGGAGAGACACUACUCUAGAAACAGCUCUUAAUUCCAAAGCAUAUAAACGAAGCAAGAAACAGUCUCUGAGAGAAGCAAGGAUCACAGAGAAACUUGAGAAACAACAGAAGAUGGAACAGGAGCGCAAACGACGGCAGAAGCAUCAGGAGUAUCUCAACACAAUCUUACAGCAUGCUCGUGACUUUAGAGAGUACCAUCGCUCCAUCCAGUCAAAGGUGGUGAAGCUUAACAGGGCAGUGAUGAGCUAUCAUUCUAUCACAGAUAGAGAGAAGAAAAAAGAAGAGGAGAGGAUUGAGAAAGAGAGAAUGAGAAGACUUAUGGCAGAGGAUGAAGAGGGCUACAGAAAACUGAUUGAUCAGAAGAAAGACAAACGUCUGGCGUACUUACUGGGCCAAACUGACGAGUAUGUGGCCAGUCUGACAAAAAUGGUACAACAACACAAGAGAGAGCAGAGAAAGAAACAAAUUAAGGACAACAGGAAACGGCGGAAGUCUGACUUUGAUGAUGAUGAAACGCCGGAAGGUGAUCGGCAUGUGCCUGUAGUAGACACGGAGACUGGACAUGUACUUAAAGGAGAGGAUGCUCCAACUGCUGACGAUCUGGACACUUGGCUAGAGAGUCAUCCAGGUUACCAAGUGGCUCCACGCCAAGAGCAAGAAUCUGAUGAUGAAGAUGAUGAGGAAGGUUCUCUCGAGGAAGCAGAGGGUGAAGAAGACAACGAGAAAGAUGCUGAUGAAAAGAAGACAGAAAAGGAGAAGAAAAGAGAAGAAUAUGGCAAAGAUGAAGAAGAUAUAGCAGAAGAAGAGCUUGAUGAUCCAAACGUGUUGGAAAGUCGACAGUAUUAUCAAAUAGCACACAGCUUCCAGGAAGACAUAACUGAACAGCCAACUAUUCUUAUUGGUGGUAAACUGAAAGAAUAUCAGUUGCGAGGUCUUGAGUGGCUGGUUUCAUUGCAUAAUAAUGCUUUGAAUGGCAUUCUCGCAGAUGAGAUGGGUCUGGGAAAAACCAUUCAGACCAUUGCCUUGUUUGCUUACUUGAUUGAGGUCAAGAAACUCAAUGGGCCAUUCUUGGUUAUUGUGCCUCUCUCAACACUCUCUAACUGGCUACUGGAAUUUGAAAAGUGGACACCUUCAAUUAUCGUUGUUAGCUACAAGGGUUCACCCAACAUGCGUCGUUCAGCUGCUUCUCAGAUCAGAGUAGGAAAGUUCAAUGUUGUGCUCACUACUUAUGAGUAUGUGAUGAAGGACAAGUCAGUCUUGUCAAAGGUGCGCUGGCGUUACAUGGUUGUGGACGAAGGACACAGAAUGAAGAACCAUCACUGUAAAUUAACACAGAUUCUGAACACACAUUAUGCUGCUCCUCACAGGGUGUUACUGACUGGUACUCCUCUACAGAACCGUUUGCCAGAGCUGUGGGCUCUGUUAAACUUCCUGCUUCCAACAAUCUUCAAGUCAUGCAGUACUUUUGAGCAGUGGUUCAAUGCACCCUUUGCAAUGACAGGUGAAAAGGUUGAGCUGAAUGAAGAAGAAACAAUCUUGAUUAUCCGACGUUUGCACAAGGUACUGCGACCAUUUUUGUUGCGUCGUCUGAAGAAAGAGGUGGAAUCACAGCUACCAGAAAAGGUGGAAUAUGUUGUCAAAUGUGACAUGUCAUCACUCCAACGCAUUCUGUAUAACCACAUGCACAAGGCGGGAGUAUUGCUGACAGAUGGCUCAGAGAAGGAUAAAAAGGGCCGGGGAGGAACCAAGACUCUGAUGAACACCAUUAUGCAGCUCAGGAAGAUUUGCAAUCACCCAUUUCUGUUCCAGCAUAUAGAGGAAUCCAUAGCAGAGCAUCUUGGCUUUCAUAGUGGAAUUGUUCAAGGGCCUGAUGUUGUACGAGUGUCUGGGAAAUUUGAUCUCCUGGACAGGAUUUUGCCAAAGCUCAAGAGAAAAGGCCACAGGGUGCUGUUAUUUUCACAGAUGACAUCUCUGAUGACUAUUUUGGAGGAUUAUUUCAACUGGAAAGGAUUCCCUUAUCUGCGCCUGGAUGGUACCACUAAGAGUGAAGACAGAGGUCAGCUACUCUCCUUGUUCAAUGCCAAGGACUCUCCUUACUUCAUCUUCUUGCUGAGCACACGAGCUGGAGGCCUGGGGUUGAACUUACAAGCUGCUGACACAGUUGUGAUCUUUGACAGUGACUGGAACCCACAUCAGGAUCUCCAAGCCCAGGAUCGUGCUCAUCGUAUCGGCCAAAAGAAUGAAGUUCGUGUCUUGAGGCUCAUGACAGUAAACAGUGUGGAAGAGAAGAUCCUUGCUGCAGCCAGAUACAAGCUCAAUGUUGACGAGAAGGUAAUCCAAGCUGGUAUGUUUAACCAGAACUCCACAUCAAGUGAACGAAGAGCUUUCCUGAUGGCGCUUCUUGAUACAGAGAAUGAUGACGAGGAGGGGCAGAAAUCUACAACGUGUCCCCCAACUUGGAAAUUUCAGGAAGAAAGUGAGGUUCCAGAUGAUGAAACCAUCAAUCAAAUGAUUGCGCGAUCGGAAGAAGAAUUUGAAGUUUUCCAGCGCAUGGACAUUGAAAGACGACGACAAGAAGUGAGAGAAGCAGGAUCUCUCCGUCGUCGACCAAGACUUAUGCAAGUGGCUGAACUGCCACGCUGGAUUGUCAAAGAUGAUGCUGAGGUUGAACGUUUGACUUGGGAAGAGGAAUCUGAGAAGAUUUUUGGGCGCGGGUCACGUGUCCGUAAAGAUGUUGUUUAUUGCGAGCAUCUGACAGAGAGACAGUGGCUUAAGGCCAUAGAAGAUGGGCGAUUGGAUGAGGUAGAGGAACGGCAGAAGGUCAAGAAAAUCUCUAAGAAGAGAAAGCUUGAAACAGGAGAAGAAGUGGACGCACCUAAGGUAAAGAAGAAACGAGGGCGGCCACCAGCUGUUAAACUCGCACCCAAUCCACCUGAGUUGACAAAGCAAAUGAAGAAGCUGAUCAAGUACAUUGUGAGAUAUGUGGACGAUUCAACCACGCGCAACUUGGCUGAAAUCUUCAUGGUUCUUCCCACGCGGAAAGAAUUACCAGACUACUAUCAGAUUAUCAAGCAUCCUGUGGACAUUAGAAAGAUUCGGGAGAGAAUCAACUCGCACAAGUACCGCACCUUGGAUGACCUGGAAGAAGAUUUCACUCUCAUGUGCAAGAAUGCGCAGACAUACAACAUUGAGGGAUCCAUUAUUUAUGAAGAUUCCAUCAAGCUUCAGUCCAUUUUCACGCAUGCUCGACAAAGGAUUCAGGCUGGCGAGGAGUUACAGUCGGCUCAGUCGGCUAUACCGGAACCGGAAGUGGAAAGUGAAAAAGAAGCUAGCGAUGGAGAGGACGAGGACGAUGACAACGUUGACACUGAAGGCGACGGUGAAGAAGGAGAGUCAGUAGGAUCAGACAUGGAAGCUGGAAGCAGUCAGUCUUCUCUGAAGAUGCGUAUUAAACUCGGCAAGCAAUCAGUGGAAAAGGCGAAAAUUGAGCUUGGAGGAGCUCAGAAGAAAAAGCGUCGCGGACGCCCGCCCCGAAUCCGACAGGAACCGAGCGAUAACGAAGCUGACUCGUACCCGCCUUCGGAGAAAGGUUACAGCAGUGAAGGGGAGACCUCUGAUCGAGAAGAGUUCGCGGGCCCAUCACAGGAGGCGGCAGCCUCGCCUUCACAGAGAAAACGACAAUGAGAGGACAAAGUGUCACACGGAUGCCUUCCCACUAGGCUGCAUUGUUUUUUUUUUCCUAAACUUUCGUUGUUCUUGUUACUGGGUAAAACAAUUAAAAUUUGUAGUAAGAGUGAACUUAAAUGUUAAUUCCUAGAGAUGACUUUGUUGUGAUGGAUGGUCUUGUGCGAAUAUAAAGCCUGUAACAGCUCUCAGAAAUGUUUGAUGACUAAACUAGAGUCUGAAACUUCAAACGAAAAAAAGACUAAAUUUACCGAAGAUUUAGAAAAAAAAAAAACACGUGUACAACUAAAAGAAGUUGCAUUGUGAGAUUCAAUUUUGUUUUCUUCCUCUUUUUCUCUGUGAGAUAGGGUGGAGGCUCUGUGAAACCCAAGUUAAUAUUUGUCCCAGAACAAAUUUUCAGCUUAAUGUAUUCGAGUUGUUGGUGCAGCAUCUUAGUCAGCGUCCACACUACACCAGAGAAAUUUGAAAACGCAGCUACGGUUAGGCCUACCGUCCACACUAAUCCGCCACGAAAA